AUGACUGUCCCUGUUCUCAUCUCUGCUGCUCAGGUGAUCCUGAAUCCCUUGAUUCCACUAGCAACUGAACAGAUCAAACUGGCGUGGGCUUUCAAGAAAGAUCUCAAAACCCUCUGCAGAAGGUUAACACUCAUUCGAGCUUUGUUAAGCGAUGCUGAGAACCGGAGACUAACAUCAGCAACUAUGUGCGAGUGGCUGAAGAAUAUCAAGCGUGUAACCGGUGAUGCUGAGAAUGUGCUUGAUGAGUUUGCGUACGAAACUCUUCGAAGAAAGUUGGAGGUGCAAAACCGAAUGAGAAACAAGGUACGCAAUUUCUUCUCUCUCUCAAAUCCAUUGGCAUUUCAUCUCAAGAUGGCUCAUAAGGUCAAGGAUAUCAAUUCAAUGUUAGACUUGAUUUGCAAAGAAGCAAAUGACAUAGGUCUUAAACCAGCUGAUCAGAUCUUAAAUGCUGCUAGUACUAGUGCUGAACCUAGAGAAGUCAAUUUCAGGCCGACUGUCCCCUUUGUAGAUGACAAACAAGUUGUGGGAAGGGAUGGUGAUGUGUCAACAGUGAUAGACAUGUUACUUAGCUCUGACAACACUGUAGAUGAUUUACCUGUCAUUGCCAUUGUAGGAAUGGGUGGGAUGGGCAAGACAACCCUUGCUCAGCUAGUUUACAACAAUGAGAAGGUGGUGAAUCAUUUUGGUCGUAACCAAAGAAUGUGGAUUUGUGUCUCUGAUGAUUUCAUAGUUCCAAAGCUAUUGAAUCAGAUGGCGCAAUCUCUUACCGGAGAUAAGAGUGAAAGAGAUAAUAUUGAAGGAAUAGUGAGAAACCUUGCAGCAAAACUAAAUGGAAAAAAAUAUUUGCUUGUACUAGACAAUGUUUGGAAUGAAAAUCUAGACAAAUGGGAGUGCAUGAGAAAUUCUUUGCUAGGGAUAGGUGGCUCCAGGGGAAGCAAAAUUAUAGCUACAACCAGGAGUGUGCAAGUGGUAUCUACCAUGAGGACAUCUCCAUCUCUCACUCAUCAUUUGAGCAAACUAUCCAAAAAUGAAAGUUGGACCAUGUUUCGGAAAAGUGCAUUUGCAAAUGGAGGACCAACAGAGACCCCAGAUUUGGUGGCUAUUGGUAGAAAAAUGAUGGAAGAGUGUAAGGGUGUACCAUUGGCAAUAAAGUCACUAGGAGGUUUAAUGUACUCUAAGAAGCACUUUCAUGAAUGGGGGUUGAUCAAAAACAGUGAAAUAUGGUCAACUGAAAUCAAAGAAGGAAUUCAACCGAUAUUAAGGUUAAGUUUUGAUCACUUACCAUCACCGUAUUUGAAACACUGUUUUGCGUAUUGUUCUAUUUUUCCAAAAAAUUUCAACAUUCGAAAGGAUGAGUUGAUUCAACUUUGGAUGGCUCAAGGAUAUCUCCAGCCUUCUUGGGGAAGCAAUUUGGAAAUGGAAGAUGUUGGUAAUGAUUAUUUUAAUAUUUUGUUGCACAAUUCUUUGUUUCAAGAUGUAAAAUUGGAUGAGUACAAAAAUAUUACCAGUUGCAAAAUGCACGAUCUUGUGCAUGAUCUAGCACUAGAUGUCUCAAAGGGUAACUGUUUGCCUUUGACUUUGAUUGCUGGCCAGAUGAUUGACUAUCCCGAGGUUCAACAUCUAUCAUUGGAUUUAAUGGGAAAAACAAGUUUUGAAAUUCCAAAAGAAAAUGUUGGAAAACUGAGGACACUAUUUUCAACUGGCAAUCUUCCUAAAAACAUUGCAGAUGUCAAGUUUAUACGUGCCUUGAGUUUGGAAUAUUACCGUGUGAAAGAGUUUCCAUAUUCCAUGUGUAAGUUCAUACAUUUGAAAUAUCUACAUCUCUCAAGGUCAUAUUGUGGAACACUGCCAAAUUUUUUGACUAUGCUCUAUAAUUUGCAAACACUGAGACUCUCUCAAGGUCAUUUGGAAAAGCUUCCUAAAAAGUUCUGUGAGUUGGUGAGCUUGAGACAUUUUUGUAUUGGUGAUGAUGAAAACCACAGAAAAUUGAUGCCAAUGAUGAUAGGGAAGUUGACUUCUUUGCAGACAUUACCAUUCUUUGUUGUGGGUGAGGAUGAGGGCCAAAAAAUUGAAGAGCUAGGUAGCUUAAGCAAACUAAGAGGUAAAUUAAUGAUUUACAAUCUCCAACAGGUGAAAAGCAGGGAAGAAGCAGAAAAGGCAAAAAUAUUAGGAAAACCAAAAAUUCAUAAGUUGGGAUUUCACUGGGAUAGGGUGGGCAAUCGUUCAACAGCAGGUGACACUACUAGCAUUAACCACGAAGACGUGUUGGAUGGACUUAAACCUCACGGGAACCUUAAGGGUUUAAAACUCCAGAAUUUUGAAGGAAAAAGUUUUGCUUCAUGGAUGAUGAGUGGUAGAGAUGCGCAGUUGCUUCAAAAUUUGGUUGAGAUAGAAUUAUCCAAGUGUUCGAGAUGUGAACAAGUCCCACCACUCGGACACCUUCCGCAUCUUGAGGUUAUCAAAAUGUCUGGAUUAAGUAAUCUGAAACGUAUUGGUCCUGAAUUUUAUGGUUGUCACAGUGUUGUUAAUCAUGAUCAAUGUAACGAUGGCAUCAUCACUGGUAGCUAUAGUGGGGCAGCAACAACAGCAACAACAAAAGCUAUGGCCGUUGUAUUUCCAGCACUAAGAAAACUUUGUCUAGAAUAUAUGCCGAACAUUGAAGAAUGGUGUGGGCUUGGGGUAUCAUCAUCGUCGACGGACACCACGAUGUUCUUUCCUCUGCUUGAGUGUCUAUUUAUUAGAAAUUGCCCUGAGUUGACUACAAUUCCAGGUCACUUGUUAUCCUUACAGGAAUUGAUGUACGCUGAUAUCGAUCAUACGCAUCGCCCUUACUUGAGAAUAGAGGUAUCUAGGGGUUCGAAACCGAAGAUUGGUGUUUUACUGGUAGAUUUGCUGGAAAAAAGCGGCAAAACCCUAAGAAAGCUGACAGUAAGUGAACACUGA